GAAGAUCCAAUCCAGCUAUUUGCAGAACAGAUGCAACAGCAAACUAUAGCUAUUUAUGGCUUUCCUUUGGGCCUGCAACUGCUUGCAUAUAGGAACAUAUCUGGUCUACUGGAGAAGAUUCCAGGUUCUUCAGAUGAGAGAACCUUCUUGGAAUGGCAUUCAAUUGGGAUCCCCAAAAACAAUCUUACCCUAAAUGAAGUUCAUAUCCUUGAACGUGCUCCUGAUUUGGUUGUUACUCCGUUCCUGUUUGUUGACCAAAACGAAGAUGGAUGGGGAGAGUGGGAUGAUGAAGACCCAGUUGUUGAACACAAGAAGCAUAUAGUUAACAGGAAAAGGAAACAUACGUCAACUCCUUCAAAGGGAAGUCAAUCAAAAUCGAAUGUCGGUACUUCAAGGCGAGGCAGGAAGCGUAAGUUUGAGUUGGUUGAUGAUGAUGAGGCAGGUGAUAUAAAACUGUGGGUGAAUUCGCGGUUGGAUGCUAUAAGACAUGAAUUUGCGGAGAAUGUUCAGAAGUUAAGAGGUCAGAAUCGGAAUCUUCUGAAAAAGAUCAAGGCCCUGAGAUCUCUGAAGAUGCCAAGAUUUCAAUUUCACAAAUUCUCACGCGCUAGACAGUCAACUUGUGCUCCAUCAAGGAAAGUACGCAUAGCAGCUAAACAUCCCAAUAUAUCUGAAUCUCCAGAGAAUGCUGCUGUAGGUACUCAAAACAUCCCAACUCCUCCUUCAAGUCCAUUAACUUCAAUGCAUGAGGAAGAGAAUGCAGUUUCAGGAGAACCUUCACUUCUUGUUGAUGAUUACACAUGGCGUCUAAUAACUUCUCAGCAGAUGAAUAGCACAGUCAAUGAAGUUGUUGAGGGUGAUAAUCCUGGGAAGAUUUCUUCCCCUCAAAACCAUCUGAAUGAAUCUCCAUCAAAGUAUUUAUCUGCUGAUAGCACAGAGGAUCAACAGUCUGGUCAACCCAUAUAUGACACUGAGUCAAAACUUAGAGACGAGCCUCUGCCUUCUCCUCAACUUCCACCUGUAUUCGAUACUGCAAAGAAACCCUCUUCUAUUGAUGGAUCUGAGGAGCUCAACAUAGGAGACUUGUCCUUGGCCGAUAAUGUUGACACAUUGGUUCAAUCAGUUUGCAAGUCCAUAAGUCCUACUAUUGCUGCUGCAGGUGAGGAUUCCUUACCAUCAGAAGAAGAGCCUCUUGCUGUUGUUGAUGCAAAGAUAACCCCUCAAGAUGAUCUACCUGUUCCUAACCUUUCUGAUGAUAUUAUAUCAAAUUCUGCUAAUCUUCAAAACACUGAGAUUGCCGCAGCAACUGAACAAGAAAAAGAUGAUGAUAUUGAAAAUGAUGAUGAUGAGGAUUCUGCUGUCGAAACUGGAGAUGUUGUUGAUGUGAGUGAUUCAUCUCCUGCGAGAGAACGAAAGCCAACUUCUUUGUCUGACAAUGAGGCCAAACUUGUUGCGUUGGUGUCAAAUAUUCCCCAAAACUCACCUACAAAACAACAUGACCUCUUACCUCGUUUGAACAAAUCAUUAUUCAAAGUCUUCAUGGACACACUUCGAAAGUCACCACAUACGGAACACAUAACCCGCGGUGAUACUGUGAUAACCAACAAAUUCCUAGUCCAGCUUGCCCAGCCAACCAAUUGGGUUGAUACCAUGCACAUGGAGGUCCUAGGAUCUUUCCUAAAUGAAAGGCACAGAUUGGCCCUCUCUCAAGAACGCGCUGUAAUCAUCAAACCAUGGCUAGGCAACUACCUACAGGGAAAGUACUCUUCUUUCCUAGCUGCAAAACAAAAGUUGCGUGUUCAAUGGAAUCAACAGUUCAAGAGGGCUAUUCCUGGAUCUCCAUCAGAAUGGUUUGAAGAAAUAGAUCUUAUCUUCAUGCCAAUGAUAUGGAAAAACCAGCAUUGGGUAGGUCUGGCUAUCAACUUAGGCACAUGGUGUGUCGACAUACUUGAUCCAAAUUACCCUCUAAACGAUGAUGCCAAAGUUGAAGAGUACAUGGCACCUAUUUUGGUCCAAAUCCCGUAUAUAAUUAACAAAUUUUGCAAGCCACGUCUGAGUCAGGAACAUGGGUUGGCUCCUUUCCGAUGGACAAGAAUGAAAGAGAUCUAUGUCAACGAGAGAUGUGGGGACUGUGGACCUGUGGCCAUGAAGCUCAUCGAAAUAUACGCCAAUGGUGGAGGUCCAGAGAAAAUGUCUCUUAUAACUGAUGAAAUUGUUGAUGAUUUCAGGGGUCAAUACGCUAUAGAUCUGUUUCAAGAACUUGUGGCUCCUCUUUACAAAUAGGUAGCUCAACUACUAAUCUAUGUAAUUUGUUGUAUAAAUUGUUUGUUUUAAU